AUGUCUAUUACACAAAAUCGAACAAAUACUGACACUAAACAGACACCUAACAAUGUUCCACCUUAUUAUCCUCAUCCACAAUAUGGAUAUGGAUCACUAUCAUCCUAUUAUCCAGGAUCUACGGAUCCUUAUAUGUAUUCAUCACCUCCAUAUUAUAAUACAGAAUAUAAUAACUAUCCAGUAAAUGAGUACGGUCAACCGACAGCAGCACCUACAUAUUUUCCUCCUAUUGUCAAUCAAAAUCAACCAGAAUAUAAUACAUAUCCUACUUAUGGACCGAAUGGAUCAAUCGAUGGGUCUUACAUGUAUCCUCCAAGAAAUGAUCAUAUGUAUUAUCCGGAUUAUUAUUAUCCGAAUUACUAUCCUGGUUAUGAAACAGCAAGACGUGAGACUUUGCCACCAAUACAUCAACAACCACCUAAUUCAAUUCAACCUGCUUUACCAGCUGAAGAUGAAUAUGAAGUAUUAAGAGUUACGGAUUUGACUUAUCGUGCUUCAUCACCAUCGAGAUCAACUGGUAGAGAUACUGAACAAAAAACUAGUCGUCAUAGUAAACGUAAAAAAAUACAUGAAUAA